AUGGCAUGGUUUCCCGCGGAUCCUGACUGGACUGACUUCUACCUCCCCCCAGGGACCGAACAAGAGCUGGAAGAUCUCGAGAACGUCCUCCGUGACAUACCGCAACUCUCCAGCCAACAACAUGCAAUGCCCAGUUACCCCCAGUGCGAUCUCCCGACGACGGAUGCCGCACCCCCGGAUCCACAUCCUAGUAGUGCUAGUAGCUUAAUUGCUCCAUCGCCCAAUCACAACCCAGCACUUUGCAAUCCAUCCGCCACAGGCCGACACAACCCUGUGAUGCCGGCUUCUCCUGCUGUGCAGCCGUCCGAACCAUUGGCGAACCCUGGAGCAACCCCCAAGGUUCGGAAAGCCCGAACCCCUCAAAAGUCCCUUCCACCACAGGAUAACAGUACCACCCCCCUCCGGUGUGGCUGGAAGGACUGCACGUACAACGGUACGUUCGGACGGAAGGCCGAGUUAAUGCGACAUAUCGCUCUCUUGCACGUGUCGCCGCAUUCGUACGACUGCCCGGUGCCGGGAUGUAGGAAGGUCUGUAAUCGGUCGGAUAAUCUGCUGGAUCAUAUCCGCCGGGCACAUUAG